AUGGAAGUGAUCGGCGCUGUUUCGAGCACUAUUACGAUCUUCGACCUCGUACAGAAACUCCACCGCAUGUAUGUAACCAUUAAGGGUGCAGAGAAGCAGUGGCAGAGAUAUUGUGACGGCUUGAAAGCUGUUGCACACAUAGAGAUUGUUCUCCAAAACAUCCUACUAAAGUCUGCUGAUACCAGAUACCUAUCAAUCAAAGUUGAAGGACAACAAGACGAGAUCUCACUCAUCAAUCACCUCAAAGAUGUCGUCUUGCAACUGACGAAUGACGCAAAUAUCCUGGUGAAAAGGCAUAAUGAUCUGUCCAAAUGGAAAAACGUUCUUGUUCGCCUGCGCAAAAAGGCCAAGCUUGUCUUGGAUCUGGAUACCAUCGCCAGCUUAGUCGAGUCUGUGGAACGAGCAUAUAAUCAUCUCCACAUAGCGCUUACGCUAGCAUCUCUGCAUUCUUCUAGUUCAUGGCAAUCAAAAGCAGGCAGCCUUCUUAACGAAAUCAAGGCAGAUUUGGCAAAGUAUGGCCCUGUCCUUGACAGGAUCGACCUGAGUACAAAGCUAAGAAAAAAACCGCUUGGGUUGAAUAUGGAUGAUGGCGCGUCCCCAGGCGACGAGGUAUCAAGCUUCGUUGAAGCCAGGGAGACUGUGGUAACACCCCAAAACUGCUCUAAUCAGAACAAAUUCCGGCCCGGAUUCACACCACAGGGUCUUUUGCGGAGCAAAGGCAAAAGGCGAAAGGCUCUAAAAGCCAUUGUCUCUACUGUCCGAGGAUCAUCUAGUCAUGUUGAAGACUCAUCACAACUACCACAAAUCGAAGACAGUUAUGAUGACGGCCACGAUGCUGAUAACGACUCGGGAGAUAAUGAUGAACCUCUGCACCAUGGCAUUGCAAGCACUAUCAAUCAACACACUUUGCACAAUAACCUACAUCAGACCGAGUACACUGUGAUUAGUACCGAGCGGAAACUCGUCCAGGUGCCGGCCAAUUCGCCGAUGCAUCAAUCGGCGACAGAUCCUCCAGAUUCCCACAUUUACGACGAUUAUCCUCAUCUAGUUUCAGCCGCUGUUAGAAUCGAAGAAGUUGUCGAAUCUCUAUCCGAGUCGGAAUGGGAGAAAGCUCAGCAUAUGGAUCAAGAGGAGCUCACGGACUUUCUAACAGGGGCACAGCCUACUGCAUAUGCUACCGAUGCGGAAAAAACGGAUAUAGAGCCGCACUCUCCAAUCAUCAUUAGCCCUUACCGCACUUCGUCUGUUCUUAUUCCGCCUGGGACCAACCUGGACGUUUGGGAGACUGAUAUGCGGUUUGCGACUCGAAAGUUCUGCAUUGAGCGAGUUUCCAUCCUGGAGGACUCACAGGUCUUUUGGGCCAUGAACCUAUGUGUGGAUCAAUGCAGUCCUCGGUGCAGGCACAUGACCAUGAAUCUUGAAAAUGUCAGCUGUAUUCCGUCACAAGAAUUCUCGUCACAAGAGCUGCCAUGCAAAAUCCAGCUUGCCAUUUUCCAUGUGGGGGAGCCGUCAACUAAUGAGCUUCCUGAUAACUAUAGUCAGCAAGACGACAGCGUUGCAUCGUUUGCUUGUAAUAGAUCAAGAACUUUGGCACAAGGCCGGUGUCGAAAACAUACACUUAUCGACGAGGGAGAUCGCGUCGAGUGCGCGAUGCCAGUUCGGCUCUUCGCCUCACCGCAAGUAACACCAGAUGAUUCCGACUCGGGCACAGAACGUGCGCCUUCCGAAGCCGAAGACCAUGAAGAUCAACCCGGACAUGAUGAAGUCAGAGCAAAGACGGCCCAAAGCGGUGGGUUCCCGGAAAGCCCCGGUCCCGAUGAUGACGAGGCUACUUUCUCAGUUUUGAGGAUGAUAGUACUCUAUCAUACAUACCAACCGCCCCGAACCAUCGAUUUCGACGUCUUAAUGCGGUUUCUUUGCCUGGCCGACAAAUACUGCCAAUGCGCGAGACAUAGACCAAUAAAGCAAGCAAAAGUAUGGGUUUCACGUAUGCAGCCAUCAGAAACAUUUGACGACAAUGCCGUCCCAUGGCUCUGGGUCUUGUGGAAGUUAAAUAUGGGGCCUCAAUUCCAAAAGCUAUCAUCAAUUAUUCAACGUCACGCCCGUUUUUCCAUAUCAAUCUGGCAACGAGGAGCUGGAAAUAAGUAUGGUAUCACGCUGCCACUAACAAUAUUAAAUCAACUAGAUGAUAGGCGUCUCAGCGUUUUAUCGAGAAUCAAAGAUAAAAUGACGUCUGAGAUGGAAAAGCAACGCCAAAUCUUUUCCCACUGUUCUAGCAGGGAGUCUAUCUUUGGAGUUGGAGACGUCCUAAGGUCAUCUUUCGCUUUCGGGUAUCUUAAAUUGGAGAGUGAAAGGUGGUUGAUGAGACAGACUCCAGACCAAAACGGGUGCAGUCCAGAUUUCGGAGGAGUAAGUUUUGUCGAUGUGAAGGGUCAGAGCCUUUCAAUGCUGGAGAUAGGCGAAUGGAAAAUCUGCUCGGUACCACUAGCAGACAAGAUGCCGAUACCACUUGCAAUGUUAACCUCGAUAAUUCCUGUAGUUGGUGUCGGCCUGCACAAUGAAGGGCUUCACGUGCGGCUCCCUGAAGAGAUUAAAGCUGAUUUCAUCAAUUUUGUGGAGCAGAUAGACGGAGAAGAUUGGGGAAUCAACUUAAACCAGACUUGA